GAGCGGGCUCAGUAAAGUCUCUUCAACAGCGUAUCUCAUAAAGACUUCAUUUCUGUAUACUACAAGGCUAUAUCUUGAAAUGGCUUCCAUCGUGGACAAAGUGGCUGAGAAGGUUGGCGAUCUAAGUCUGACUGGCGAUAAGGGUCCAGAAGUCUAUGUUGAUGAAGAGAAAGGCUCUGAUGAGAAAGGGGCUGGCACCGUGGCGGCACCGUACGCAACCGCCGUACACGCUAUGACCGUGAAAGGACACGACAUCAACAUCCUCACUCGCAAGAAGGAUGCUCAAGAGUACCAGCCAAUCACCAAAUCUGCGCUAAAGAACGUCAAGAAGACUGUCGAGACUAACGAGAGAAAAUCCAAGAAGGCAGCGGAGGAAGCAGAGAAAAACGCCAAGACUGCAGCAGAAGCCAAGGCGAGGGAAGAGAGGAGAAUCGAAGAAAGCAAGAAGAUCGUGUUGGUUGAGGAUUCUAGCUUGCCAAAGCCGACAAGAAGUAAGAUUGAAGGACUUCAGCCUUUGAGAGAACAACGCGUCCGGGUUUUUGGCUGGGUGCAUAGGUUGCGCCAGCAGAAAGAGAUGACAUUCAUCGUGCUGCGUGACGGAACUGGCUUCCUGCAGUGUAUCCUCGCCGGAAGAUGUGCGCAAACAUACGAUGCCUUGAUUCUCACGACGGAGAGCACUGUCGAGCUCGUUGGUACCGUCCAACCGGUCCCGGAAGGCAAGACCGCUCCCGGAGGCCAUGAACUUAUUGUAGAUUUCUGGCGCACCCUUGGCGCCGCACCAGGCGGCGACGACGCCUUCAACAACAGGUUCAACGAGCAAUCAGAUGCUUCAGUGCUGGCUGACCUCCGUCAUCUUACAAUUCGGGGUGAAACCGCGGCUGCUGUAUUACAUGUACGCGCAGCUGUUCUGAACGCUUUCCGUACGACGUUUGUGAAGCACAGCCUGACUGAAGUUACCCCACCCUGCAUGGUUCAAACGCAGGUAGAAGGCGGAAGUACUCUUUUUGAGUUCGACUACUAUGGUCAAAAGGCAUACUUAACCCAGAGUAGCCAGCUCUAUCUUGAGACGUGUCUUCCCAGUCUAGGGGAUGUUUUCUGUAUUCAGGAGAGCUUCCGUGCUGAAAAGAGCUUGACAAGACGGCAUCUCAGCGAGUAUACGCAUCUCGAAGCCGAGCUUUGCUUCAUCACCUUCGACGAUCUCAUGACCCAUAUCGAGAACAUUAUUUGCGAAACAAUCGACGUCCUUCUAAGUGAUCCUCGCAUGGCCGAGUUGGUUCAGAUGUUGAACCCUGGAUUCAAGCCGCCAAAGCGUCCUUUCCUUCGGAUGGAUUACAGGGACGCGAUCAAGUAUCUCAACGAUCACGGAAUCCAGCGUCCAGACGAGGUGACCGGAGAGAUCGGCGACCACGUCAUCGGAGAUGAUAUCGCUGAAGCCGCUGAACGCCAAAUGACAGAUCAGCUCAACGUGCCCAUCUUCCUCAACAAGUUCCCGAAAGAGAUCAAGGCAUUCUACAUGAAGCCGAUACCCGGUGACCCUAAAUACACUGAGAGCGUUGACCUGCUCAUGCCCGGUGUUGGUGAGAUCGUAGGCGGCAGCAUGAGGAUUGCGGACAUGCAAGAGCUGCUUAAAGCAUACAAACGCGAGGGUAUUGACCCAGAACCUUACUACUGGUUCACUGAUCAGAGGAAGUACGGCACAUGUGAGCAUGGUGGUUAUGGCCUCGGAGUGGAGCGUUUCCUCGCUUGGUUGACUAAGCGCUGGACCGUCCGCGAGUGUUCGCUCUAUCCCCGCUGGAUGGGUCGCGCAACCCCUUGAUAGAAAGGUGUUCUGACCAUUACUGUACCUCUUCGUUGAAUUCCAAUUACAUACCCGUAGAUGCUAUCA